AUGAGGGGCAGUGCCUUUGCCCUGGUUCUCUCCCUGGGCCUGGCAGCGUGUGUUGUCUCUGCAGAGAGGAAGUGCCUCCUCUCUGGGUCUUGGCGGAGUGACACAGGCUGCCAGAUGGUCGUGUCCACCCUUGGCAAUGAUGGCAGAUUCUCCGGUUCCUACCUGCCAGGGCCUGCUGCCUGCUGCUCCGAAAUCCUCACCUCACCCCUGGAGGGAUCCCAGCAAGAUGCAGGGCUGGUCCCACAGCCCACCUUCUCCUUCACUGUGCACUGGCAGCUCCAAGACUCGGACACAGCCCAGACAACUGUGUUCCUUGGCCAGUGCUAUGUGGGCACCAACGGAGAGGAGACACUGCAUGCCCUGUGGCUCCUGCGAGAGGCAGCCGACAGUCCUGCUGAGGACUGGAAAGCCACCCGGGUUGGCACCAGCAUUUUCACACGGAUAAAAUAA